CUUCACUCCUCUUUCAAUCCCUCUCUCUCCCAAUCAGUCGUGCGGGUCACUAUGUGCAGCGGCUGAAGCCGGCGGUUGCUCAGGACGUGGUGGAUAAGGAUCCAGUGAUGGGGAAGACGGGGGAGGUGUCGUUGGAGAUCGGCUGCCAUCCAGACCUCCGUGAGGUCCUGCCCAGGGAAAUGGUUGAGCCGAAAGGCAAGCAGGCCGUGAAGAGAAAAGCCAUCCCAGAGAGAGGAGCAUGGAAAGGGAAGUUUGACUUCCUGCUUUCCUGCGUGGGGUAUGCCAUCGGACUCGGGAAUGUCUGGAGAUUCCCGUAUCUCUGUGGGAAAAAUGGAGGGGGUGCCUUCCUGAUCCCAUAUUUCCUGACACUGGUAUUUGCUGGGAUCCCUUUGUUCCUACUCGAAACUGCUCUGGGUCAGUACACAUCGAUCGGAGGCCUGGGAGUCUGGAAGCUGGUUCCUAUGUUUAAGGGAGUGGGGAUGGCUGCUGUGGUCCUGUCUUUCUGGCUGAACAUCUAUUACAUUGUCAUAAUUUCCUGGGCGCUCUACUACCUCUUCAAUUCUUUCACCUCGGAACUUCCUUGGCAAAACUGUGACAAUGUGUGGAACACCAAAUCCUGUUUCUCCAAUUUCUCGCUCCUCGACACCACCAACCGGACCAGUGCAGUGACAGAGUUCUGGGAGAACAACAUGCAUCAAAUGACCAGCGGUCUGGAGGACCCGGGCUUCGUGCGAUGGCCUCUGGCAGGCACCCUGGCGCUGGCAUGGGUCCUUGUCUACUUCUCAAUCUGGAAAGGAGUGGAAUGGACAGGAAAGGUUGUGUAUUUCUCAGCUACGUACCCCUAUUUGAUGCUGAUCAUUUUAUUCUUCCGUGGAGUGACACUACCCGGUGCCAUUGAAGGCAUCUUGUUCUACAUCACGCCCGAUUUUAGCAAACUCUCCAACUCUGAGGUCUGGCUAGAUGCAGCUACACAAAUAUUCUUCUCCUAUGGCUUGGGACUGGGAUCUCUGAUCGCUCUGGGGAGUUACAACAACUUCCACAACAAUGUGUACAAGGAUUCCCUCAUUGUGUGUUUUAUAAACUCCUGCACCAGCAUGUUUGCUGGUCUCGUCAUCUUUUCCAUCAUUGGCUUCAUGUCUUACAUCACCAAGAAGCCAAUCCAGGACCUUGCUUCAUCAGGUCCUGGGCUGGCUUUCCUCGCCUAUCCACAGGCUGUGACCCAGUUGCCGCUUUCCCCGCUCUGGUCCAUUCUUUUCUUCUCUAUGUUAAUGAUGCUGGGGCUCGAUUCCCAGUUCUGUACAAUGGAAGGUUUCAUCACUGCCUUAAUGGACGAAUACCCCCAGUUACUCCGAGCUCGAAAAAAGCUGUUCAUUUUUAUGAUGUGUUUCAUCUCCUACAUCAUUGGAUUUUCCAACAUUACCCAGGGUGGCCUCUAUGUAUUCAAACUAUUUGACUACUAUUCUGCCAGUGGAAUGAGUCUUCUCUUCCUGGUCUUCUUUGAAACUAUCUCGAUAUCUUGGUUUUAUGGAGUUAACAAGUUCAAUAAGAACAUUGAGGAGAUGAUUGGGUACCAGCCAUGCUUGUGGUGGAAGCUGUGUUGGGUUUACUUCACCCCAAUGGUUGUCCUGGGAGUAUUUCUCUUCAGUGCUGUCCAAAUGACCCCCCUGACAUUGGGUAAAUAUGUCUACCCCUUGUGGGGCCAGGGGGUGGGCUGGAUCAUGGCGCUCUCCUCCAUGGUGCUUAUCCCCGGUUACAUGAUCUACAUGUUCUUUAUGACCAGAGGAACCAUCAAACAGCGUUUGAAGGUGAUGAUGCAGUCCAGGCUGGAUGCUCCCAUGCAUACCAAUGGGCUGAAAAGCAACCUGUCUCUGACAGGAGGUGUGGCUGACGCUGCUGUGUAGCCAGUUACUUGGAAGCCCAGAGCACCGGUUACUUCUCAUUUUGUCCUCGUCACCAGAAGCAUGGUUUAGAUUAGGUCUGAUCCUGAGUUGAGCUGCUUGAUAAUACUUUAAUUGGGUACAGGGGAUAAUUUUUUUUGAUAAAUCCCACCCAUAAAUGAUAACUUUUUUUAAAAAAGGAAUAAAAUCACGACUUUGGAUAGAUUGAGCCAGGGUCACUCCACCCAAUGAGGUUAUCCUCAGAUCCUGAACCUGCCCAGUCCACUUGAUCUCCUGAUAUUCCUCACAGAUAUAUCUGCAGUGCCAAAAUCCAUAUACACAACAUUCACUUCAGCGCUCUCUCCACCAAAGGCAGUCUGACUUGUGUGCUUUUAUAAAUUUAAUGUCUAUUUUUCUAAUUUCCUCUAUACUCCAACACCUUGGGACGUCCUCCCGACGUGAAAGGCGCUAUACAAAUGUAAUGUUGUUGUUGUCGUACUGGCAACGCCUCUCUACCCCCGGCCUGGGAUUCUCUCUGCCCCUGGCCUGGGAUUCUCUCUGCCCCCGGCCUGGGAUUCUCUCUGCCCCCGGCCUGGGAUUCUCUCUGCCCCCGGCCUGGCUUUUCACUGGAGUUGAAUUCCGUGGGAGCUGCUUGUCCUCCAGUAGCAGCCGGAGUGGCCAUUAUAGCUAUUUGAGCCUUGACAGUGAUCAACCUCGCUGUCUCUUUCACCCACUCCGAUAUAUAUACACAUCAAUAUAGACACACACAACCAAUAGAGGGCACUGCAGAGCGAGCAGGAACAGGGAAGGAGCCGUUGCUGGUUUCACUUACCCAAGCAGCUUUGAGCAGCAAACUCAGCACAGACUGGGAUUCACACCAGUGAGCACGUGCUGCGUGAGCUGCAGCUCUGUCCACUCCAGUACUGCCUGGCCUCAGCGUGGCUUGCAAACCACUAUAGUCGCACUCCCUGCAGCAUAUCCCUUUUAAGAAUUAAAGAGCAAUUAUGAAAGAGCCAAUGAGAUAAAGACAGGAAGUACAAAAGGACACUGGGUGUAGAACAAAUUGGCAUCAGUGUAUAGUUGGUGGUGUGUAGUUAGUAGAUUGGAGGCUUUGAGUUGAUAAUAAAGAAUCUUACUAACGU